AUGCAUCAAGCCGAGGACGAGGCCAAGACCGCUGUGGAUGAACUGGAAACAGUGCCGGAAAUCUAUCUCGAAGACGAUGCUGAUGGCGUACCGGUAUCGCAUUCCCGGUUUCCCAGUCUACUCAAUUUUUUGAUUAUUCUUGUGGCAGCGACUUCUAGUUUUCUUUUCGGAUACGGAAACAAUGCAGUUGCCGGAAGUCUCGCUCAGGAGUCUUUUAUUGAAAAGUUUCUGAGCGGCCCUAAUGCCAGCGCUCUGAUUGACGGAAUGUCCGCUGUAUUUUUUGCUGGCGGAUUUAUCGGCACCUUCAUCCAAGGCUACGUCUCCGAUAAAUUCGGACGACGCUUCUGCGCGGAGAUGGCAGCACUAUUUAUGGUACUCUCUGGUGUUCUUGGUGCAGCAAGCGUAAACCCAGCAAUGUUCAUUGUUUCACGAGGUAUCUGUGGGAUAUCUGGAGGAAUGAUUAUGACAAACAUGCCGGUUUACAUGAGUGAAAUUGCCCCCGCCCACGCACGUGGGUUACUAGUGGGAAUGCAUGCGACCUAUCUAAUUCUCGGAUACAUUGUCUGCGGACUUGCUGCGCUUGGAUUCAAUUUUAUUACCAAGCCAAUCCAGUGGCGGUUGCAAUUCAUCAUGCUCACCUUCUUUGCUGUCGUCUGUGCCGUUUCUGUCAUGUUCAUACCGGAGUCGCCAAGAUGGUAUGUCGAGCAGGGACGUUUGGAGGAAGCGACCGCCAUUAUGGAAAGGCUACAUCGCACCAAAGAUGAUCCGACCGCUCGUAUGGCGCGUGCGGAAUUUGCGCAGAUUGUGGCCCAGGUUAAUGCAGAGAGAGACCUACCUCACAGCUAUUGGUAUAUUCUGUCUAAUCCGCAUCUGCGGAAGCGUGCCUAUUGCUCAGUUUUGCUAUUUGCAAUGGUGCAGUCCAGUGGCCAGCUGGUUAUAUUUAACCUCAUGCCAAUUCUUUUUGCAGGACUUGGCUUUAACAAUGUAUUGCAGCUUGGGCUUUCCGUUGCCUGGGUCGCUGUAGCAGGACUCGGAAGUACAACCAACGCAUUGAUUGUGGACAGGGUUAAUCGAGUCAAACUGCUAGGAAUAUGCGGAUAUCUUAUGGCUAUAGCAAUGUCAAUCGAAGCAACACUUCAGAGGUUCUAUCUCAAUUCUGACAGUAAACCAGGAAUGAACGCUGCCGUUGCCUUUUUCUUCAUUUUCAUGGCAUGUUAUUCUUUUACUGCUGACUGCGUUGUUUAUGUUUACAACGCAGAAAUCUGGCCGACUCACUUACGAAGCAAAGGUGUGACAUUCGGGUUGGGUGCGUUCUUCUUGUUUGGUAUUAUCUAUAACAGUCCCUCGGCGCAGGCGUUUGAAUCCAUCGGCUGGAAAUACUACCUUGUGUUCAUUUGCAUGACUCUUGUCUGCACAACUCUGAUCGUCUUCACGUUUCCUGAGACUAGGGGUCUUACGCUAGAAGAGGUGAAUAGCAAAUUUGGCGAUCAAGUAGAGCUUCCAAUGACUGCUCUGAAAUAG